AUGGCUCUGAGAGUUGAAAUCAAGGAGUUGCUGCGUGGCCCGGUGGACGAUGGCUGCGACGCGCGGGUGCCGCUGCACAGCGAGGAGGCCUUCCAGCACGGCAUCGCCUUCCAGGCCAAGUACAUCGGCAGCUUGGACGUGCCGAGGCCCAACAGCCGCGUGGAGAUCGUUGCAGCCAUGAGAAGGAUUCGGUAUGAAUUCAAAGCAAAGAACAUCAAGAAGAAAAAGGUCAGCCUCGUCGUCUCCGUGGAUGGGGUGAAGGUGAUCCUGCGCAAGAAGCAGAAGAGGAAGGAAUGGAGCUGGGACGAGAGUAAGAUGCUGGUGAUGCACGACCCUGUCUACAGGAUCUUCUACGUGUCGCACGACUCACAGGACCUGAAGAUCUUCAGCUACAUUGCGAGGGACAGUGCCAACAACUCCUUCAGGUGCAACGUCUUCAAGUCCAAGAAGAAGAGCCAAGCCAUGCGGGUGGUGCGGACGGUGGGCCAGGCUUUUGAGGUGUGCCACAAGCUGAGCCUGCAGCACACGCUCCAGAACGCCGACGGCCAGGCGGACGGCGCCAGCGACAAGUCGGAGGAGCAGCCGCUGGAAGCUCUGCAGAUGCAGGGAGCCAAGAUGGCAGAGGUGGAUGAGGCUGAUGUGGACUCUGACGGCAUCUGCCUCUCCGACCGGGGGCCCGGGGAGCUGCUGCCCACCCGGAAGGAGCUGGGACUGGCAAAGCCUGGGCUGGCUGUCAUGGACCACAACGGCCAGGACGCUGAGAGCUGCUCCGUGUGCCCGUCGGUCUCCCAGCAGCUACGCAGCCCUGGCAGCCCCUGCUCCUCCGCCUCCGUGACCCCCCUGGCCUCGCAGCACUGCCUGCAGCUGCUGCAGCACCAGCUCCUCCAGCAGCAGCAGCAGACCCAGGUGGCCGUGGCCCAGGUGCAGCUGCUGAAAGACCAGCUGGCCGCCGAGACGGCCGCCCGCAUCGAGGCGCAGGCCAGGGUCCGGCAGCUGCUGCUGACCAACCGGGACCUGCUGCAGCACGUCUCGCUGCUGGUGAAACAGCUGAAGGAGCUGGAGGUCCAGGUGCGGCACCGGCACCCAGUCGACCGGUCCCUGCAGAACCUGUCCCUGAACCUGAAGAACCACUACAGCCUGGAGACGGCCCUGCCCUCCACCUCCACCCCCGCCAGCAUCCUGGGCAGCCCAGUGGCCCCCAGCUCACUGGGCACCAGCGAGUCCUACCUCAACCUCCUAAGCCUGGACAAGGGCCAGCAGCACCCAAACCCCCAGGACAGGGAGGAGGGCCCGGCAGCGCAGGACAGGCUGGGCCGGAGCGUGGAGGGCUCAGAGGUCAGCGCCGGCGUGCUGCCCAACAGGACAGGCAGGCAGAGUGCGGAGGAUCCCGGCGGCAGGGCAGACGACAGGCCACAGCCGCCCAUCCCCAAGAUCAACCCGCCCCCUCCCAUCCUGCGCAAGCGGUCCAGCAAGACCUCACCGAGCCUGGAGGUGGAGAGCACCAUGCCCGCCAGCCCCCGCAGCUCUGAGCUCGGCACUGAGACCCGGACGCCGGCGCCCUGCACGGAGCAGCUCCCUUCGCAGGGGGGUCCAAGCAAGGACCGGGUGGGGCAAAACGGGCACGCGUCCCCAGCGCCUGGCCCGUGCCGACAGCCAGCGGCCGGGCCCGGACCUGGGAGCCCAGGGACAGAGUGCAGCAGUGCAGGUGGUGCCACGGACAACACGCCGUCGUUCUCCGCAGGCAACGAGACCUGCCUGCACAUCAGCUUCUCGGAGGACGAGCUGCUGGAGAACGCGCCGGAUGAGGCCCCAGGGCCCAGGAGGGUCCCUGCCUAGCCUGGCGUGGCACGGGGUGGCUCACACGUGGCCCCAGGGCCAGCCCAGCCCAGGAAGUGCUGUGCUCAGGGCAGCAGGGCCGGCUGUCCCCAUGCAGCGCAGCAGAACAAGGCCCCUGCCCCGUCUGCACCAGCUUCCCCCAGUAGCUGCGGCCAAGCGGGGCUGCCAGGAGCGGCCAUCACGGCUUGCAGCGACUUGGUUGGGUCCUUGCCACAUACCAGAGGACAAGCAGAUGCCAUCGGGCACCCCGGACACCUGGGCCAGCUGACUGCCAAGGCCCAAAUUUACUGCCGCAGCCCCUCGUGGGGCUAACACCAGCCCAGCGCAGCCCCUGGGACGCACCCCUGGGCAACGGGACGUGGGGACGCCAGACUGGCAGUGCCGUUCCGCGUGCUCCGGGCCUCAGUGACCAGCACUUUCCCAUCUCCCAGCAUCUUCCCCAUCACUGUCACAGGCUUCGGCGCUGGUUCCAGACCAAGCAGGGUGGGUGGGUGCAGAGCUCGGCGAGCUGGAAAGCAGAGGCCUCUCGGCCCCCAGCGCGCGCCAGAGCCGGCUGCUCGCGCAGCGCCAUUCAGCCUUCCCCGGGGCAGUGCCAGCCUCUCCCGCUGCCCCCACUUGUAGAUUACUAUUCAGAGCAAAGCUGCAUUGUCAGCGUGUUUUAUGUCGUCUCUGCCGCAGCUUGCCCCACGGACAGGGUGGGCCACGGGGCAGCCCACAUGGCUCGUGCUGCAGGCUGGCGGGGACUAAACGUUGCAUCCCAGCCCUGGGACAGCUGCUCUAGGUGGGUCGGCGAAUGCACAGGAGGUUCGGGUCGGGAAGGCAUUGGCGGGCGAUGGAGAUGGGAGGCCGAGGAGUGGGGCAGUUUGGUGCCCAGCGCAGCGCUUCCUCCCCUGGCUUCACCCACCAGCAACGGCAGCGGGGCUGGCGGCUCCACGAGGCCCAGAGCAGCCAGACCGUCGUCAGCUCGCGGUGGUCCACCUGCCGUCUCAUGCCUGGGAGCCUGGUGGGGAGUCCCUAUCGAGGCAGGGCCGGACCGGAGAGCCGUGCUGACCCCCAAACUUGCCAGCCCCCAGCUGGGGUGUGCUGUAGUCCACUGGACACCAGUCAGGAAAGGUGCAUUAACAGACCUCUCCGGGAAAUAAACACGUCCAACUUC